AUGGUUGCGGAUUCUACUAACAUGGCUACGCCCGAUCAAGCCGCGGGCUAUCCGAGUGAUGGGAAGAGGCACGUGGAAACGACCGUCUUGUAUUUCAGCGGUGACCCCAAAGUACAGCUCGAGCCAACGAUCAUCGGAGGUCCAAAACCACCCAACUUGACGCCUAAAAUUCCUUCGCCCGUUUUCAUUACGGAUGUCACGGGAGAUGAAGACAGGUACUCGCUCGAGGCCCAAGGCUUCCAAUUUGUCAAGCACAAGACCAAGUUCGAAAAGGACCUUCCGGAACUGAAGAGCCGAUACAAGGCAGCGGAGGAACUGGAUGAGAUUACGGCUGGUUAUUACGAGGAGAUGAAAGAAAUCCUGGCGCAAACAUUAGCCAGUAACAAGAAAUACCCAAAGCCAUCCAGCAUACACAUAUUAACCCACAUCAUCCGAGCCGGUCCUAAAGAUGGCGAAGGCGACCGAGGGCCAGCAGGACCUCUGUAUGGAGUCCAUGUCGAUCAGUCUGCAUGGGCUGCGGAAGGAGUGGCGGAGAGAUGGCUAGGAGACCAAGCAGCAGAUCUCCUCAAAAAGCCGCGUUUCCAGAUCAUCAACGUGAGCAAACCCUUGAGAAGAAUGUGGCGACCUUGCAAACCAAUUACCCGAGACCCUUUUGCUGUCUCCGACGCCACGUCAAUCCCGGAUGAGCACAUUAUUAAGGUGCCACUGAUUUUCCCUGACCACACGGCUGAGGCACUGGAGGUUUGCCCUUCACCGGAUCCACAGAAGCCGCACCGUUACUACUACAAGUUCAACCAGCACCCGGAUGAUGUGCUGUUUUUCAUUCAGGUCGAUUCCAGCAAGCAGCCAGGCGUGCCAAGACGUUGCCCGCACGUUGCGUUCAAGGACCCGAACUUGGAUGAGUCCAAGGGCGAACCAAGAGUCAGCAUUGAGACAAGAGCAAUGGUCUUCUAUGACCAAGACGAGGCAUGA